AUGUUCUCAUGUUGCAUCCCCACUUCCCAAGGCUGCGCCUUCAGGAAUGAGAAGAGCCUUUUCCGACGAUGCUGACGAAGGCUUAUCCCUCACCCCAGACGCCUGUGGCCCUUUGUAAAAACGCGCACCCAGGUACCACAGGGCAGCCUCACCUCACCGGAGAUCCCAUCGGGCCUGCAUCUGCACGUUGUCCUUGUCCAAGAGGAGAUUCGGGAGCCUAUACGGGCACAGGCACAUGCUCCUGCGCCAUGUGCAGAGAGAGAGGAACUUCCAGCGCCCGCUGUGGAGCCAGAGCCCACAGCACAGGGAGGGCCCCCUCUAGAGACAGCGCUGCAGCUAGAGGCAGCUCCAGAGCCCUCCGGCCCGUGCACCGGUACAGCCAAGGACCAGCCCAGUGAGGAGCUGCCCGACCUCAGGCCACCUGCCGUAGCCACUGGCCUCAGCCCUGGAGCUGACAGCGUGGCUGGAGAUAGAGAGGGGGUGGCCAGCACCACCCGAGACAGCAGCUCCCACACUGCCCCUAGUCCCGGGCAUGGUGGGAGCCGUGCAGUCAGAGAGCAGGUGCUGGGAGUAUCUAUCUGCGCACAGGAGGUGCUUGAGAGCAGGAAAAGAAGCCUGCAGGAAAGGGUUCCAGCAGCAACUCCUGCUCACAGAGUCAGCCUUGUCUCCUAUGAGAGCAGGAAAAGAAGCCUGAUGGGCUUAAUGGGCGGGCAGGGGGUGCGAGGACCAGGGGGCGGCUUCAAAGGCUGCUUGGAGCCGGAGGCUGCGCUUGAACAGGCCAGGGAGCCACGAGGCAGCGCAGAACCUGAGUCCAGAGAAACGACCUGGAAACGGAGCUUCUCGCAGAAUGCGGCGGGGACAGCGGCUGCCGAGCAGGGGCUCUGGAAAUCACUGACCCCUGAGCCCCAGCACCGCGCGGGCAGACGCAGGGGUUGGCCCGGGUGGCCGGAAGAGCUCAGGGAGCACAGCCCUCACGCGCAGGCGCGCUGCGCUCCCCCGCGCUGUGACGUCAUUGAUGACCCGCGCAGACGACUCCUCAAUACAGGCGCCUCCCUCUCAGCGCUAGAGCCCAGGCCACUGCCAGGGAAGUAG